GUCGAUGUGUUGGCAGAGAUAUAGUAGCAGUUUCCUAUUAAUAUUAAUCCGAUUAUGAGGAUGAGGAUGAGGAUGAGGAUGAUGGUGGUGUCGCAAUAUUGUAGGACAAUAUAUUUCCGAUUGAUCAAGGUUAAUUGCUUGCUGUUAUGUAUGGGAUAUCCGGGUUUGGUUUUGGUCGCGACGGACUUUGUAACACUACUCACUUACUACGAAUCAACUCUCUCCGACUAGACAACGAGGUUUCAACUUGCAACUCAUCUCUGUCUCUCUCCACACUGUUACUUUUCCCUGCUGCACCUCAAUCCAUGCGGAUUCCUUCAAUCUGGCCGAAUGACCGCCCAAAUGAAUAGAUUUCGCUUUGGCGACUCUGAUGAAUCUGCAUCCGACUUGGAUGACGAUACAUCCGGACUUCCGUUCCCCGAGCCUUUGUCCCGCGCUUCCUUCCUCUCCCCUGAUUUCGACCCGGCAACCUACCUUUCCUCCCUGACCAAUCGACACCAGAGUCUGGAAGACUUGCGUCAGGAACUGCGCGACUUGGAUCAAUUGCUCAGCCGGGAAUUGUUGGACCUAGUCAAUGAGAACUACCAGGACUUUCUCUCGCUAGGGACUGCGCUCCAAGGAGGCGAGGAGAAGGUCGAGGAAGUUCGGGUUGGCCUGUUGGCGUUUCAGAGGGAUGUCCAAUCGAUCCGUGAUAAGGUUGAGGAAAGGCAGAAGGAGGUGGAACAGCUGUUGAACGAGAAGAAGCGGCUGAGGGCUAACGCAAACAUCGGACGUGCUUUGCUGGACUUUGCAGACCGCGUCGACGAGCUAGAAAAAAGACUGAUGAUUGGAGACCACUCUGCACACGCCCCGGGAGAAGAGAAGUCGACGGACCUGUCCGACACCGACUCGGACUUUCUCGAGAGCGACGAGGAAACGGAUGAUGAGGAUCCCCAGAACGGUGAUGCGGCCGCCCUCGUAUCGCUAAAGAGACUCGAGCAUCAUAUCCAGAAAUACAUCUAUCUCACGAAUCUUUCGUCCCGCAUUGGAGAUGAGCAUCCGUUUCUAAAGUCACAGCAGCAGCGCAUGUCAGGGAUCCGCUCUGCACUGUUGUUAGAUCUUAAGAAGGCACUUGAGCAAGCGAAGCAAGCCGGUGACAAACAGGAUACUAAAACGCUGGCCGUUUUACGUCUUUAUAAGUUCAUGGGUGAGGAUACGAGUGCCGUGUCCGCAUUGAAGGCUUUAAAAAUAUAGAUGUUCUUGUGGCCGGAGGGGGGCUAUUUAUUAUAAUUA